AUGACUCCAGUCACACUCAAGGCCGUCACCUUCCCUGGCUACGAAGCCAUCACUAAACGCUAUGCAAUUGCUGCCGCGAUUGUUGUGCCGGCAAAUUACCUCACCCUGGCCACAUCGGGUCACGUUGGGCUUGACGCUGAGGGAAACUUGGCUGAUGGUGUAGAGCAACAAAUCAGACUGACUUUCGAGAACGUGGAAAAAGCAAUUCUCGCGGCUGCUCCAUCAUUGACAAAGACGCAGGCUUGGUCGUCUGUUUAUCAAAUUACGAGCUACAUCAAGGGUAGCCUUGAUGACGCCGCUGUAAAUGCCAUGUUUAAGGUAGCGAGCGAGACCCUCGGAGAGCACAAGCCUGCCUGGACAUGCGUUGGCGUGGAGGACCUCGUUCUCGGGAGGUAUGAAAUGGCUGUCUUUGCGGCGAUACCGCCGGCUUGA